UUGCAGAUUGCCAGCGAUUUUCUCAAAGAAGAAAGGUUGUAUCUGCGGGAGCUGAAUCAAGUUAAUGUAUUCAGACGGAGACUGGAAGCUGUCUUGCAGGAUGAAGAUAAGAUCUACCUGCGACUUUUGUUUGGCAAUCUAUCCGAAAUCCACGAACUUACUAUGAAGAUGGAAAGGACUCUAGAAGAUUCUAUCGAAAUGAGCGAUUCGCCCUGUGUUGGCAUGGGAUUAUGGGAGCUAGCUGAGGCUUACGAGUUCGAUGGGUUGGGUGAUGAUCGAUCCUAUACCGUAUCCCUGGAUGGACCAACUUUCCGAUUAGCUCUCAAAUACGUCUUGCCCACGCUACUUCAUGCACCUUUAAUACAUUUUUUCCGAUAUUUAGAAUAUGUAAAUUGUCACUCAUAUUACAACUCUCCAUGCGUCUAUAUCGUUACAUCAUUACAGAAGCUCCUGAGAUAUACGCAGAAUGAGGACGACAGAGCAGAGUUACAGAAUUCAAAAUUAUAUCUAACAACAGUUGGCAAUCAAUUGGAGCAGAUGUUCGAUCAUACGGAUUUAAAAAUGAUCAAAAACCGGAGCUCUUCAACCGCUAUGACUCCCGAAUUUCGCAACUCAGUCGGAUCCAGGAGAUACAGAAAAGUAUAG